AUGGGAUUUAAUAUUGAUAAUGUUUCGAACGGAGAUUCCGUGAUCAAUAUCGCAACUAUACGCUAUACUAUAGAAAAUGUUCAUGCCUUGCUAAUGUUUUAUGAAGAUUUUGACCAAUCCAUAAAGAAUUUCGAAAUAUCAGAAUGUUCUAGGGUUUUCAUAGAGUCAUACAAAAAACUGUCAGAAACCUUUGGAUUCGGACUAAACGAUAACUAUUUCUCAAGUAGAUACACAUCAAUUCCACUGAACACAUACAGUUUAUUCGCAUCACAGUAUAAUAACGAUGAUUAUCUGACAAAUUCACUGGGCCAGUAUUUUUCCGAUACCUCAUACAGUAAUAAGUAUUUGGAUUCAUUGGUUUCUGGCUCACAAAAUUUUGCAGAAAUCUAUGCAAACGUCCUAAAGGAUGUAUCAGUUAACGAAAGUAGUGACCUGGCCGAUAAAUUGAUAAAGGAGUUUUACAAAAAAUUUGAGAUACUAGUAAAGGCACUGUACUUUCUGGCCUACAAGUCCUUUCAACUCCUAAGCACAGUAUACGAUAACCCGCAGCUAUUUCAAGAUGAAAGUAAAAAUGAAAAUGAAAAGUUUUACGUACCACCACCACCAACCACAUUGAUUGUGCUUCUUAAUUCAGGAGAGUCAAAGGAAAUUCCACUGGCAGACCUGCUCAACUGCUUCAUUAAUCUGGGCCUGCUAGGUUAUUUUGUAGAAAUCUUGGAGAGCUACUGCGUGUCAUUCGUCCAGUUUAGUAUCCCGCAGACGAUUUCAGAUAAGGCACGGGAAAUGACUGAGGAGUUUGAUGUAGGACUCCACCUGAAACAUUAUGUAAAGGACAAAGCCUUAAAUGAACUUAUGAAGAGUGAAAUAUUGUCCAUGGUAGAUGUUGCGCUGGGGAAACUCCUGCUGGUUAACUCCUUCUUAAAGUACAUAACACAUUUGUUCAGUAACUCUGAUAAUAGGGUGUCACUACAAAGCGUACAGUUCGCGUUUGACGAGGAGUUUGCAAAUGACAUUUUCCUAAAGCUCUCGGACGCGUUCUUCAAAGAUUUUUCUGAAGUGGUGUCACCGUUGUUGCCAAUUGCAGACGCUUUUGAAAUCAUUGGGAAUUUUAAGGAAGUCCUGGAGAAGAAUAACCUGUUUUUUGGAACAAACUACUUUGAAGCAUACCUGGAAAUAUCUAUGAGAAAUUGGGAAAAUCAAUUCCUAGAUUAUGUAAGAUUCUUGUCGCUCAACCAGUACCCGCCAGUUGAUCAAACAACUCCUGAAAUAACCCCAAACAUACUAAGUUCCUGGAAUUCUGGUGAAGAAGACCAGAUGAAUCAGUUGUUUAUAAAGUCGAUGGAUUUCGGAACAAUCAUGCACUUGUACGACUCAUUCCUGAACAACUUUCUGACCUCGUCAGGCUUACCGAACUUCGACUUUGACCUGAUUAAACGUAAUCUUUCUUUGCUGAGCAAGGCGGAGACCUGCAACAUCUCAAACAACUUAUUCUUCAUAAUUACUCUUUUAAUCAAGCUGAUCCUGUUGCCAGUAAUGUUAACGCACGAGUUAUCACAGAACUCGAUGAGUCAAAAGUUAGAAUUCCGGACCAGAAAUGAGAUAUUGGUUAAGUACGUUGAAAAUAACUCCAAGCUGGUUCAGAACGUAAUUCUGCUCUACGUGUUUAACUCAAACAGCUCAUUUAAGGACUUUUUGUUCAAUAUCUCGAAAGUAGAAAGAGACUCGCAAGGAUUAAAACAAAUACUUCAAGUCUUUGGAUUGUACAUCUCAAACGUUUAUUGCAUAAACCACCUGGCAUCAUUGUUAGCAUACUUGGCACAAUGCUCACAUCAAGUUUACUCUAGUAUAACAUCGGUUUCACUCGAAGGAGUUAAUGAGACGGUCAGAAAGAACUACAAGAUCAGCCUCAUAAGGAUAUCUCUAUUUAAGCUACAAGAUUUCUUAAUAGUCCACAUGUCGGCGCUUUCACAGCAGUAUGUCCAGAAGUUACUGCACCAAGUGCUCCACCUGGAACUACAACACACGUCAACGGAGUCCAGGGGAGCUGAUAUCAUAGAAUAUCUAUCCUAUUUCAAAUACUUGGUGCUGAAAAACCUGCCAUCCGAGGUGUCCCAAACCCUCAUAGCCAUAUGCCUCGACCUGGUCUACAACUGCAUCAUAUUUGAAGUGUUGGAGUUCUUCGAGGACAUAAACUACAAGUUUAACCAGAACCUGCUCAACCGAGUAAAAAUUUAUAUCGAAUCGAUAUCUAUGUCAAUAGACAAUGAAAUUUUAAAUGAUGAUCAAAUGAAUUUUAUACAUAGCGAGAAGUUUAAUAACUUCUUGAGCAUUUUCAAUGAUGAACACACAGUAUCGGAGCAUCUGUACUCCAAAAACGAAUACAGUAAAAUAGUGCGACUAGUAAAGCACAUGAAAACAACCUAA